GAGAUAUUCAUCACAACUAAGCCAAGAAUUGUUCAUUGUUGUAUUAAGAUGCACAAUUCAGCAAUUGAUGGAAUGAGCAAUGAGGUACUGUGAUUGCUAAUGAGAAGCAAGACAAGUGCCGUGCCCCACAUGUCUAUAUUCGUGUAUUCUUACAAGUGAAGAUGAAAGUGUCAAAGAAAGGAUCCAACCUUGACAAGACCAAGAUUUGCAGCAAACCCGAUAUAAGCUAUGAAGCCAAGAUCAAAAUACGAAAGAUCCCCAGCCAAAAUGUUGUACAUCGGUUACGGUUCAGAGAAAUUUAUCGUCCGAAAUAUUUGUCACAUUUCUCUCUCACAAGAUCAUUUCAUCAGAAUGUCUUUCCAAACUUCACCAUUGUUAAUGUGGAGAAGCCACCUUGUUUUUUGCGCAAGUUCUCUCCGGAUGGACGCUAUUUCAUAGCCUUUUCCUCGGAUCAGACUUCUCUUGAGAUAUAUAGGUUUGAAGGACCAGCUGCGGCUGGUGACCUGCUGCAGAAUCUUCACUCGAGCAAACCAGAUGUGGCAGAUGCAGAAGCACAUAAUGUCCGUGGUCAGCUCUUUGAACGAUUCUUUGUACUGUGGCACACUGUAAACAUAGCUCCAAAUGGUGAACACCUAAACAGAGAAUGCAGUUUGUUCACCGAUGAUGGCAGGUAUGUCAUUGUAGGAUCAGCUGUCUAUGUCCCAGAUGAACCCUAUCCUCACUUUUAUGACAUGUAUAGAAAUAAUGAGUCUGUAUCACCAACUCACCGAUCUCCUCUUGAAGAUUACUCCCUUCAUCUGAUAGACUUGCAGAUGGGUGUCUUAUGUGAUACUCGGACAUUCAAGUGUGACAAGAUCUUCCUGUCCCACAAUCAGGGGCUCUAUCUCUACAAAAACAUUCUAGCUGUUCUGUCUGUGCAGCAGCAAACCAUUCAUAUCUUUCAAGUGACUGCAGAUGGUAGGUUCCUGGAUGUAAGGACUAUUGGAAGGUUUUGUCAUGAGGAUGAUGCCUUGGCUAUAUCCAUCUUGCGAUAUGAAAUGCCCUCCUCAAACUCUAGCCAAAAUGAACGACCUUUCCGUGACGCUUGCAUCAACUCCUUGAAGCACAGGCUGCUUGUAUACCUUUGGAAGCGUGCUCACAGAGAAGGGACACCCAUUGCCAUGAGGCACUUCUAUCAACACUUUGAUAUCUUCAGGUGGUUACGGAUGUGGAAGAUGCAGUUGCUUGAUGAAGUACACCUUCUGAUCAAGUAUGCCAGUGAGGAUGUGGUGACAUUACGGAUGACUGAUCCAACUUCCCAACCAUCUUUCUUUGUUGUCUACAACAUGGUCACAACUGAAGUUGUUUCUGUCUUUGAGAAUACUUCUGAAGAGCUCCUGGAGUUGCUGGAAAACUUUUGUGACCUCUUCCGAAAUGCCACACUUCAUGCUCACACCCAAUUGACCUGCUCAGCAUCAAGCAAUGUUUAUGCUAGACAGAUACAGAGGAGAUUCAAGCACACAAUCAUCAAUGCCAAAUAUGGAGGGCACAUGGAAGCUGUCAAAAGACUUCUUGCUCAGUUGCCAAUUAGUUCUCAGUCCUACAGUAGCAGCCCAUACUUGGACCUGUCCCUUUUCAGCUAUGAUGAUAAGUGGGUGUCAGUGAUGGAGAGACCUAAAGCAUGUGGGGACUAUCCUAUCAGGUUCUAUGCUAGAGAUUCAGGUAUCUUGAAGUUCAAGAUCCAUGCCGGCCUCGUAGGACGUCCUUCCCCUCCAUCAGCUCGUCGACUAGUGGCCUUCACCUUCCAUCCGUAUGAACCUUUCGCUAUCUCCGUUCAGAGGACAAACACAGAGUAUGUGGUCAACUUCCAUGUGCGUCACCAACCAGCAGACUGAGGAUUGUUACAGUUUUGUUCAUGGACAAAGCUUUUGGAAAGGGGAAGUGGCAUUUGAACUGUUGGGACCGACUAGUCCCUGUGUGGAGCCUAAAUGGACAUUUACAGAAUUUAUUAAUCAACAGGUUCAUUUGAUUUUAGUAACUUUGUGAGAGCUUGAUUAGUUUGUUAAAGUGUAAUAUCUGGCACAUCAAAUUUUGUUCAUACAUUGA